GCAGGAUCUCUUCCAGCAAUGGGGGAAUCUUACAUUAUAAGCAUCGACUUUGGAACAACAUACAGUGGAUAUGCCUUCAGUUUGACAUCCAGAGAAGAAGAAGUAGAUCCACAUGUGAAGUUUUGGGGUGAAGAAGUUGGACUAGAAACCCCAAAGACUCCAACCUGCAUCCUGUUUGAUGAACAUCAACAAUUUGUCAGCUUUGGAUAUGAAGCUAAAAACUCUUAUUUAAAACAAUCAGGCAAAGAUGGCAGAGCAAUGUUCUUCUUUGAUUGCUUUAAGAUGUCGCUCUACGACAAAAAAAUCACCACAGAUCUGACAAUUAAAGCAGCCAAUGGGAGGGAAAUGAAGGCUCUGAAGGUUUUUGCAGAAGCUUUAAGAUUCCUGAAAGAAGACGCUCUGAAGACGAUCCAACAAAACACUGAAGGAGUCACCUUCACAGCCUCUGACUUCACCUGGGUUCUGACGGUUCCUGCCAUCUGGGAUCAUUCAGCUAAACAGUUCAUGAGAGAAGCUGCAACUCAGGCAGGAAUUGUAACAGAGGGAACUCAAAACAAUCUGGUGUUUGCUCUGGAGCCAGAAGCAGCUUCAGUUUACUGUAAGAAACUACCAUCUGAGGGUUUCAUAGCAGAAAACCGGGGUGAAAGCAAACUGGACCAAUCUCCAGGAACUCAGUACAUCGUUGUUGAUUGUGGAGGAGGAACCAUUGACAUCACUGUUCAUGAAAUCCUUGAAGGAGGAUUUCUGAAGGAGCUGCACAAAGCCUGUGGGAACGACAUGGGAGGACAAACUGUAGACAGGAAAUUUAAAGAGUUCCUCAGAGAGACAUUCUCUCCUGAAAUCUGGGACGAGUAUGAAGUAAAGUAUCCCAGUGAGGUUAGAAGAAUUAUGUAUGACUUCACACUUUUCAAGAGAAAAGAUGAAGAUAUGGAAAUAACCUGUCCAUAUAAUCUAGGAAUGAUGGCACAGAAAAAACAGGACAUGGAAGAAUACUUUAAUCGAGUUCAAGGAGCAUCUUAUGAUGAGGGAUCAAUCAAAAUAUCCAAACACAAACUGAGAUCUUUCUUUGAAAAGAGUCUGUGGAGCAUCAGUAAGAGCCUAAGAGAAAUCUUUUCCAAAACCCGAAGCAUUAAAUACAUUCUGUUAGUGGGAGGUUUUGCUGAAAGUCAGAUUCUACGGAGGUACAUUACUGAUGAGUUUAUUGACAACUGCAAAGUGUUGUGUCCUUUUAGGCCCCAAGAAGCCAUUGUAAAGGGAGCCGUAGAGUUUGGAAGAAACCAAGGGGCAGUGGCAUCAAGAAAAAGUGCCUAUACUUAUGGAGUAGAUGUUUCAAAGACGUUUAAGAAGUUGAAGCACAGGGAGGACAAAAAAUACACAAGCAAAGAUGGUGUCGUCAAGUGUGCUGACCUUUUUUGCAAACUUGUUGAAAUAGAUGAGGAUGUUGGUUGGAAUGAAACCAGAAAGCAUUCCUUUAGUCCCGUAGAAAGUGACCAAACGCAAGUGAAUUUUGUAUUUUAUCGCACAAAGAAAAACAAUCCCAUGUAUGUGGAUGAACCAAAAGUGGAAAAAAUUGGCUCAUUUGUUGUCGAGUCUCCUGACACGUCACUUGGAAUGGACCGUGUGAUCGAUCUAGAAAUAAAGUUUGGCUUCACAGAAAUGACAGCAACAGGCACUGACAGAGAGUCUGGAUCAGUUCACACAGUCAAGCUAAACUUCAUGACAAAUUAAUUAUGAUAUACAAACAAGAACAAAAAGUAAGAUAAAAUAAUAAGAUGCACAGUACAAAAUUGUAGCCAGUGUGCCUUGACCACAUUUUAAUAUUUAAGUACAGUAAAAAAUUCCUUCAAAUAAAUCCCUGUAGUUUCCUCCACCCUAAAAUGGCAAAGCGGUAACAGUUCAGAAGAAAAAAGUGAGAAAUGUUACAGUAGCUAAUGAACCAAGGUGGUGUUUCAGAAUAUUAAGAGUAAAGUUAGCAAUUCAAUAAGAAAAAAUAUUCAGGCUACAAUAUCUUCCAGAGAUGUUACAUUGGUUUUCUUUGUUCUGCUUUAUGAAUGAAUACACUUGAAUAUCAUCAGCAUAUACAUGCUGGAGACUGUAAAGAAAGAAGCAACAUGCAAACUAAUGUAAAGAAUGUUAUAACAUUUAAUCCAUGGUGUCUUUUUGAUUUUUAUUUAUAUUUCUCUUCAUGUAUUUAAUGAAAUGUAAAAUAAUUCAGCAGCCAUAUAAUUUAUACUUUCUGCCACUUUUCUCCUUUUUAAAAAACUGAACAGUAUCUUUGAAUAUUCUCCUGGAAGGUUGCUGGUUAUUGUACUUCAGAAAUAUAACAUUGCUUUGAUCUUCUUUUCAUAUCAAGCAAAAAU